AUGGAGGAGGAGUCUGGAGAGGAGCCUGGGCAGGUAAGGUCCACAGCUCCCAAGGACUUUCACUAUUAUCACAUGGAUCUGUACGAUGCUGAAGACAGACCGCAGAUCUUCCCAGACGAAAGCACUAGACUGAAGAGAGAAACAAUCCAAGCUGAAAUGACCCUCGAGCCAAGGCAGGCAAGGCAAAGCCAAGUUCAAAGAGACCUCCCAGAAGAAGUGGAUGAACUUGUCCACUUAUAUGGACUAGAGGAUGACCACGAGUUGGGGGAUGAGUUUGUUGAUGAAGACGAGGUAGGGGUGCCAGCGUAUCCUCCUUAUGGAAUGAAGAGGGGGGAGUCAGCCAGAGAGCAGAGAGACUGGAGACUUGGUGGAGAAGCUGAGGCUGAGGACCAGGGCUAUGCAGGGUGGGGCAUGGCAGGCCAGAGCCAGGCCUUGCGGGAAGCCUACAGGUACACACAUGGCUGCGCCAGCGAGGAGUACGAGUGCUACGUCAUACCAGAAGAGGAGGAUGAGGAGGAAGAUGCCGGACUCUUCUGUGUCACUUGCAGAACUCCUGUCAGAGCUGUGGAGAAAGAUUUUGAUGAGCACAAGGAGCAUGAAGUGACCCCACUAAAUAAAGCACUGGAGAGCGCCAAGGAUGAAAUUCACAAAAACAUGUACAAGUUGGAGCAGCAGAUAAUCGAGAUGGAAAAUUUUGCAAGUCACUUGGAGGAGGUUUUCAUCACUGUGGAGGAGAAUUUUGGAAAACAAGAACAAAACUUUGAGUCACAUUACAAUGAGAUCUUGGAAACACUUGCCCAAAAGUAUGAAGAAAAAAUACAAGCUCUAGGAGAGAAGAAGAAAGAGAAGCUGGAGGCCCUGUAUGGGCAGUUGGUCAGUUGUGGGGAAAACCUUGAUACCUGCAAAGAAUUAAUGGAAACCAUAGAGGAGAUGUGUCAUGAGGAGAAGGUGGACUUCUUGAAGGACGCGGUGGCCAUGACUGACAGGCUCGGGAAAUUCCUGAAAACAAAAACAGACGUGGAGAUCUCUGCACAGCCUGACUUUGAAGACCAAACCUUGGACUUCUCUGAUGUGGAACAGCUGAUGGGUUCCAUGAACACCAUCCCAGCUCCUUGUGCUCCUGUGAUAAAUCCACAAGCCCCCAACUCAGCCACAGGUUCCUCUGUCCGAGUGUGCUGGAGCUUAUACGCCGAUGACACAGUUGAGAGCUAUCAGUUGUUCUACCGGCCAGUGCGGGACAGUCUGCCUGGGAAGGAGCAAGCAGAGCUUACGGUGACUGUCAAAGAAACAUACUGUUCAGUGAUGAACCUUGAACCAAAUACCCAGUAUGAAUUCUGGGUCAUAGCUCAGAACAGGGCUGGCCCCAGUCCCUCAAGCGAGCGUGCAGUAUACAUGACAGCCCCCUCUGCCCCUAUUAUAAAAAUGGAGGCGAUAAGGAGCUGCGAAGAGGCCGUGCUCAUCUGCUGGGAGUCUGGGAACUUGAAUCCCGUGGACUCCUACACCGUGGAGCUGACCCAGGCAGAGGCACCGGCAGCCUCAGGGGUCACCGAGUCCGUGGUGGGCAUCCCAACCUGCGAGUCGCUGAUACAGCUGCAGCCCGGGCAGAGCUACACCAUCUGUGUGCGGGCCCUCAACAUGGGAGGCCCCAGUGCCAGGAGCGCCCCUGCUACAGUCCGUACCACAGGAAGCUACUUUCCCCUGAACAAGGCCACCUGCCACCCCUGGCUGACCAUUUCAGAAGAUGGGUUUACAGUGACCCGAAGUGAAAAGAAAAGCCUCACCCGGGACCUGCUGCCCCACCAGACCCGGUUCACCAGAUGUGUUGCUGUCAUGGGAAAUCUAAUUCCAGUCCGAGGACGCCAUUACUGGGAGGUGGAGGUGGAUGAGCAUUUGGACUACACAGUUGGUGUGGCCUUUGAAGAUGUCCCUAAGCAGGAGGACCUGGGCGCAAACAGCCUCUCCUGGUGCAUGAGGCACACAUUCACCUCAUCAAGGCAUAAGUAUGAAUUUCUGCACAACAGGACCACCCCAGAUAUAAGGAUAAGUGUUCCUCCUAAGAAGAUCGGUGUCCUAUUAGACUAUGAGAAUUCAAAGUUGUCGUUUUUCAACGUGGACAUUGCUCAGCAUCUAUACACAUUCAGUUGUCAGCUUCACCAACUUGUGCACCCCUGUUUUUCUCUGGAAAAGCCUGGAUGUCUGAAGAUACACAAUGGUGUUUCAAUGCCGACACAUGCCACUUUCUAUUAGGCCCUUUGCACAUCUUUUCCUUUCUUGCUUCUGUUCCUCAACCACUUGUGCCUCAGCCAGCUGAACCUAGCAUUCAGGCCCCAUGUCUCCAGCAUCAUUUGUGGCUCUGACAGUGACCUGACAAGCGACAUGGUAGGCACUGCUGCCUGGGUGACACUAGGAUAGUCCUCAGCAGGCUGAGCUGUAAAAUGAAGGAAAUGAAGGAUCCAAGUGAACUCGGGGCCCUCUCAAGGGCUCAAACUGCAUUUAUCAUAUCAGUAGAACAUUGUGUCUUUGAGGCUUCUGGAGCUUGGGGCAAGUCAGUAAAGUUUUAAAGCUUUAGCAGCCACUGUGCAUUCACAUUGCAUCAGUCACCAAGAACAGACCUGGGAACGCGAGGCUGCCUUUCCGCAUCUCCGACCUGCUUCACAAAGGUUCACUGGCCACUUGGUAACCCCUUCCCUUCACCAAGCUCGUGCCUCUCCAACUUUGAGAUCAACUGUCACACACUUUCAUGAAGGCAGGGACAGUGUCUGAUUCAUCACUUGCACCGCAAAGGCCAACACACAAUGGGAUGUUUGUCAAGUAUCUUCUUUCAACCGCUACUUUCUGGCCUUGCUGCUAUUCGUGUGAGCCAUGCACGUGCUUUCAAAAUCUCCAGCCAAGGGUCUAUAGCUGGCAGAGGACACAGACAACUGAAGAGGAAAGGGGGGCACCUGGGGAACAUGGUGCACUCCUUACGGCUGUUGCAGACACACACCACAACCUACACUUCAACACGGGGCUUCUAGUGUGUGUGCAUGGUGGGGGUGGGGGUGGGGUAUACAGCGCUCCUGCAACAUGAAGAGCCAGAUUUGAAAUCAGAAGCCCUCGAUUUGACAACUUUGUCUUAGGCCAUGAAAAAGUCACCUUAUUUUCCAGCCUUUCUGUUUUCCUUCAAACCAAGGGAAAUGUAGUACUAGUUGUCUGAUAAGAGUUGGGAGACUUCAUGACAAACCUUAGAGGCCCUGACAGUACACAGCACAUAGCAGAUGUACAAUUUGUUCAAUCAUCCACCCACCGAGGGGCAAGGCUGUGUAAUGGUGAGCAGUGGUCUCUGGCGAGCAGCUCUUGGGGAGCCAACCUCACAACCUGUGCUAUCCAGUGACCUCAGACCCAACUACAAGCUGGCUUCCUGGUUUUCCAGCUCCCCACCCUGGCUGCCAGGUAAGCUUUGCACAUAGCAUGGCCAAAGCUAAAGCAAGCUGCAGAAAAAGAAGUGCACUUGUGGUAGCAAUUAGCACCAGAGACAAUUUAGCGUCCUGGGCCACAGAUGCCUUUCUAAACCCGACACACCCUAAGCUCAUCAUCAGGGUUUUUUUAGGUGAAAAAAUCUUUUUACUUUAAACUCAAGUUUUCCAGUACACUCAAAGUCUGAUCCAUGGGUCACCUCUCAUCUUUUGUGAAACUGUCAAUUUGUGUGAACUGCAGCUCAGAUUCCCAAAUUAAGAACUGACCUUGACAGUGUACUAACUUGUUAUACACAUACAUACACACAC